AUGACAUCUUCAGUCUUUUUCAAGUUCAAAUCUCAAAGGGAGCCCACUAGAGUCGAGUUUGAUGGUACCGGUAUCUCGGUUUUUGAGUUGAAGCGUGAGAUUAUCACCAAGAGUGGCCUCGGCGAUGGUACCGACUUUGACUUGCACAUCUACACCGAUGAUAACAGCGAAGAAUACGAUGAUGAUACAACCAUCAUUCCUAGGUCAACGACAGUAAUCGCCCGACGUCAGCCUGCUCUGAAGCCAGGUGCAGGACGUGCGGCUCGUUAUGUGUCCGGUAAAAUGCCUGUGGCGGCCAAGAAUGCUGGCCGCAAAGAGCAAGCGGCGAAGGCCUCAUCUUCCAAGCCGAGCUCAGAUGCAAUCAGUCAGAUGAACAACGCCAUGACUGAAGAAGAGAAGAUGGCCGCCAUGUUUGCAGCACAGACCGAGCAGUGGUCUGCUCAACAAGAAGAGAUGUCCCACCAAACGCCAGUAUUCAAGGCGGGCGCAAAGAGGCCAGCAAAUGUCCCUGACCACGAUCCUCCCAAUGGAUACAUUUGCUACCGUUGUGGCAACAAGGGCCACUGGAUUCAACUCUGCCCAACCAACGAUGACCCUGAGUUCGAUAACCGUCCGCGUGUCAAGCGAACAACGGGUAUCCCACGAUCAUUCCUGCAAAAGGUUGAUAAGUCUGUUGUCCUCGCACAAACUGAUGGCGAUGAAUCCAAGCGACCUGCAGGUAUCAUGGUUAACGCUGAGGGUGAUUUUGUUAUUGCCGAGCCUGAUAAGGCAUCAUGGGAACAGUUCCAGGCCAAGGCCAACUCUUCGUCUACAGCCAACGCACCGUUGGCUGAGAACAAGGAGGUUCAGGAACAGGGCUUAGAAUGUUCGAUCGACAAGAAGAUGUUCAUAGAGCCAAUGAAGACACCUUGCUGCCAGAAGACCUUUUGUAAUGAUUGCAUAACCAAUGCUCUCAUCGAAAGCGACUUCGUCUGCCCUGCAUGCCAAUCGGAAGGUGUAUUGAUCGAUGACCUUCAGCCAGAUGAAGAGACCUCGAAGAAGAUUCAAGAGUACUUGAAGGAGAAGGAAACAGCCAAGACCCCUCCACCCCCAUCACCCAAGGCUCAGGAAGUCAAGACAGAUGGCGAAUUACAAGAGAAGCCUGCUGACGAGACUGCUGACAAUUCGGAACAAAAGUCCGAAAGCGAACCUAGUGACAAGCCUCAGGAUUCACCCGUGACGGCAAGGUCAAAGUCAAAGUCACCAAUGUCGCAGUCUGCAACUGUCAAGUCCCCUCCCACAGGUCCUAAGAGUCUCGUAUCUACUUCCCAAGAUGCAAACAAACAAGUAGACGGUGCUAAGUUGGCGGACGUCAAUUCUAAGAAGCGGCCUGCGGACGAUAUCCUCGACAAUCCCAGAAUUCCAAAGGGUCCCAAAGCCAUGCAGAAUCAGCAGAAUCAACAAAACAUGAUGAACGGCAUGGGCAUGAACGGUAUGGCUAUGAACGGUAUGGGCAUGAACAACAUGAUGUUCAACGGAAUGCCCAUGAUGCCCAACAUGAUGGGUAUGCCCAAUAUGCCCAACAUGGGCAACAUGAACAUGGGAAUGCCCAACAUGAACAUGAUGGGAAUGCCUAACAUGAUGGGCAUGCCUGGUUUCCCUGGGAUGGGCGGUGGAUUUGGUGGCAUGAACGGCUGGGACAUGGGCAUGAACGGAAUGAAUGGUAUGAAUGGCAACAUGGGUAACAUGAACGCGGGCAUGAACGGCUUCCAGAACGGCAACUUUGGACAAGGUGCUGGUCCUGACGAGGACGCCUACUUCCGCAAGCCAGUCAACCCUCAUCGACACCAGAACAAGCAGCGAAGAGUACGACCCAGCGACUACCGAGAGCUUUAG